GAUCUCGUCCAAUUCGACCGGUUCCUGCUCUAACAAAAAUCGAGGGUAAAUUUGCUGGAGAGACGACGAAUAAGUUGAGCUACAAACCUACCGGACAUGUCCCUAAAGCGAAACCGAUCCUGCCUAGGCAAAGGUAAAGUUUCGAUCAAUUUUACCGAGGAAGGGGAAGCAGAUCUAAGAGGACCUUUACUUCCUUCUCGCAUGUUUAGAUCGAUGAUCGGAUCAGGUCCUAUGGACUCUGUGACCACCGUUCGACACGAUUACUCUCGGAAACACGUGGAGAAGCCGGAGAUCAUACUACCCUGCGGAAAUAUCCGUUUAAGUACCGGCAAAUUGGAGGGGUAUACUACCGCGAAAUUGUCAUACGGUGAUCCAGGCCCCACGGAGCCGACGAUUAAUUUCAAACCGGCAAGAAUAUAUUGCCCUCCGAGCGAACCGAUACUUCACGAUACUACGCAGAAAUUAAGUUAUCAGCCAGUUUGUAUCGAGGAGAAAGAGAUAUAUCCAUGGAAGCAGAAACCGGCCUACAAGUACGCUUACGUACCUCGGAUUAAAAUUCUUCUCUAUCGAGACGUUUUAACGAAAAAUUAUAAAGCCCUCCAGAUAUUGAUGUGCGCAAAAACGACGUACUCUGAGAGCUACCUGAAGAACGAGGAGGCAUGCACGGAGAAACCUAUCCGACCUUCUGCGACUGCUUAUGUACUUCCUCAAGGUGGACAGUUCGAAGGAAAGACCAUUUACAAAGAGAGCUAUUUGGAAUCGGAUAGCACGGAACGUGUGCAACCAUUUAUUCCAUCUGGCAGUAUUUCAAAAGCCGAUGGAAAAAUAUCAGGGGACACGACGAGCAAACUGAGUUAUCAGCCGAUUCAGAGCGAGAAACGUGCUCCGAUACUACCAAGGCAGAGAAACAUGAUAGGAGACGGUCCGAUGCAGUGCCAGACCACUAAUCGUUGCGAUUUUAACGCAAAAACAACGAUGCGACCGGAUCUCGUACUUCCAUGUAAUAAUCUUCGAAGUGCCGACACACCGAUGGACGACAAAACAACGGCGAAAUUAUCAUUCAUGAAACCUGAACCGACCGAAUUUGCUCGAAGCUUCAAACCCGUUGCUCAAUACAUCAGAUCGCAAGAUAAAAUCGAGAACGAGACGGUGAGCAAAUUGUCCUAUCAAUCGUGGACACCGAUCCGCAAAGAAGAAAUGCCUUGGGCAUCUAAAGGGAAAUAUCAACCACCCACGAAUCGCAUGUGCACGGAUACGAUUUAUCAAGCUAGCUAUCCCGCGCCGGGAUAUUACGAGGAAACCUGUAUACCGGAAGAAUGCGAUUGCUUAGAUACGAAGGACGCGUGUCCUUUGGCCGAACAAUUAAACCCUUCUGCGAAAGGUGAAAUCGAUUGCAGGGUUUAAAUUAUACAGAAAAUUUUGAUCGUAUCGAAUUAAUCUUCUUACCAUGAAUAUUAUAAAUUCGAUUAAUAGAUAUUUUUAUUCGGUAAGUCGAUAUACGAACAAAAUUUUAUUUUACACUUACAUAUUAAUUACUGUGUACAGGAUGAAUAAGAAUAACGUAUAUCCUUUACAAACAGUAAAAUUGUUUUCGAUAAUAAAAUAAACUCUAAUCUUUGAUAAAAGAUCAAUAGACAAUAUUAUAACGUACACUUUUCAAAAGUUCAGCUUAUUACAUACGUACAUACACGCACACAUGCAUACGUACGUAUAGAUAUAAUAUGUUUAUAUAUACACAUGUACGAUAUAUCUAUAAACAUAUACAAAUUAUAUAUAUAU